CCCCACAGGUGUUGUCAGGUGAGUCAGCUCUGUUGUGCCAUUUUUAUCACGGAGGUGCCAGAAGGUCUGUCUCUGCAGUGAGUUCCUCAACAGACACAAGAGAGGAUUAAAUGAGCUACUUCCCCGGGUAAUGGAGUGGAGUCAGUCGUUACAAGGGCAGCGUGAUGCUUAUGUCUGGUUCACAGAGUCCCAGCUCCGGUCUGUGAUCAGGGACGGUAUAGUCCCAGAAUGGUUUCAUGGGAUCAUUUCCAGGAAGAUGGCAGAGGAACUGCUGAUGCCUAAGCCUCCUGGCUACUUCCUCAUCAGAGUCAGUGAGAGCAGGAUUGGCUACACUCUCUCAUACCGUGCUGCAGACCGCUGCAGGCAUUUCAUGAUUGAUCUGUUGGUGGAUGGCCAAUACAUCAUAAUAGGGGAAAACAGGUAUCACAGGUGUCUGCAGGACCUGGUAGACUUUCAUCGACGAACUCCCAUCAUGCCUUACACUGAGGUUCUGACUGUUGCUUGCGGACAGACUUCCAAUGACAGGACUGACUAUGCAGAGCUACUAUUUCCUCAACGAAAUCUGAAACAGAACACAAGUUUGCCUCCAAACAUCUUCCUGCCUCCCAGCGUAACUCAACCAGUAUCAGAAGAAGACAUCCCACCUGCCCUUCCUUAUCGACCGGGUAACCUGAGGAACUCUGUAGUCCUGUCUUCAAACAGACUUUACCCCAAUAUUGAAGACGAAUUUCCACAUAGCGCUCUCCCUACUCCAGCCAUGCCUAUUCCAAUGACCAGAAAAAAAUAUACAGCCAACAGCCCUUCAUCCAACCAGCCUCCUGAAGUCCCUGCUCGGGGCUGUGUUCCUCCACUGAAGCAGAUCCAGGCUUGUGACAGGACAGUCUCUGCACCCAAGAGUCCCAUCGCACCCACAGCCACUGCAUACCCAUUCGGCGCCAACAACCAGCCUGUACAGAACCUGGAAGCGAAGCCGUCAGUCAUCACCAACAUAAAGAGCCUCAAUCUCAACCUCAAGAAGAAAUUCCAAAUUCAAAAGAGGAAAAGUAUGUCACCGGAGUCAAUGUACUCAGAGAUUAAUGUGGAGGCAACUGAGGGGAGUGGAAACACUGAGAACGAGUACCAGGUGAUCACAGAUGAGAAGACGGUCAGUGCUCCACCAUUUCCCUACACAAGAACUGAUGUGAGACUGACUGAUGAAGGGUUACCUAAAGAGUACUUUCCACCUCCACCUUAUGCCCCAGGCUACUGAUACACAACUGCUCCCUUAUAAAAUAAUGUACAGAUGGAUUGAUGAGUGGAUUGUGGAAUAGUUUCAACUUAGUUUCAACAUUAACAGUUGCGGUUAUGUUCUCAUGGUUGCAUAAUCUUGGGAUAGACCUUUUUUUUUUAUUUCUUUGUGAUAAAUACAAGGCCACAGACUGGAAAUGGGGGGACUAUCUCUCUACUAUGGCUAAUUAACUCUUUGUACUAAUUUUCCAUCCAAAAUCCAAUCCAUUCAAAAGCAAUCCAUCCAACCUGUGAUUUAAAAUUGCCAGACUAUUAGACAGGGAGCAAUGUCGUGUUUGCUGGUUACUUCAAGACUCCAGGAAUUUACUGGUUCCAAACAAAACAUUGUUAGCUAUAGGCCUGAGAUAUACUUACUAUUAACUAUGCAUGUGCAUGAUGGCUAUUGGCUAACCUUUAUUAACACUACAGGUGUUCAAGAUACAUCAAAAAUAGGGAUAGUGACACAAUUGUGGAAAGUUUUGAAGACAAGCUAAUCUUUGCUGUUAUCAUGAUGUGCUUGAUUUAGGAGCCAUAUAUGGUAUCAUAUACGAUGGCGUCGCUCUCUCUUUUUCUGUCAUGACCAUAAGAAUCCAUAACAACCUCCUCAUGUCAACAUGUUUAUUGUUUACAUCAGGCAAAUCUAGACGUUCAGUACGCUCUGAGUUCUCAGGUGUGCCCUCGAGUAGAAUCAUCCAGUAGCACGUGAAGCACAGAGUGAAGUAUGUGAACAAUUCACACCACAGAGUCAGUUGUCUUCAUGAACACGUGACUCUAGCUUUGAAGUGCUUGUGUGAUUUUGUAUGCAUGGAAGCUAAGCUAACAAGCUGGUAGACGCUUCAUAUUUACCAUUUAACUUCAAUGUGUUGGCCACUUGCAAUAUACAGCGUGCAAGAUACUUCUCCAUUUCCAAAUCAAAGCUGCAGAUGCUUGAAUGACUUUGUUUGAAACUCAGCUGCCGAUAAGUUAAAUUAGUUGCACAUCAGUUGCUAAGAGUAGAAAAAUGAUAAAGCUUCUGACUUUAUUUGACUGUAAUCAGUGAAUUAAUUAAUACUUUAUGUUAUGUGUAUUUAUUUGUUUGUUUGUUGUUAUUCAACAGAAACAAUACAGACAACUCAUUGUUACAUAAAUAGAUGUAAUCUAUACAGGCUUCUCACUGAAAGUAAUUGCUAGCUUCUUCCCCGGCUAAACUUUUAAAGGUUACAUUUGUAUUUGUAUUUAUUUUAUUUUUUUUACAUUAAAAGGUAGCAGGAGGAAGGUUUACGCAGCAUAUGAAAAUCAGGAAUGACGUGUUUAAUGUUAGCUGCUUUGAAUAAAGGAGACAUGCUGUUCUGUAACAUUAGAUGCCAAUCUGUUAUCAGAAGUGACGUGAGAAACUGGAAGAAGCAGAUGCACAUACUGGUGAAACUUGUUUCACAAGGAAAUUCAUGUAUACAUAGCUUCUGAACACGGAACGAGUAUUUCCCAAAACAAACUCAUUUCAUUUUUACUGUAAAUGGCUUGGUCAGACCAUUGAUUUGUAAGAUGAGGAUGUAUGUAUGUAGAUCAUGUGAUCUCAAUAAUAUUUUACAUUUAUAUAUACAACUAGAUAAUACAUCUGUACUAGGCAUCACAUUUUAUUGCAUGACUAAGCUAAUAAAUCACCUUUGAACAUGUUUAAUCUGUAUUUGUUUCCAAGGCUGUUAUGACUGUUCUGCGGUCCUUUGUUUCAUAGUUAAUAUUUCUCUACUGUCAGCCUGCAGUUUGAAACAAGAGGCAUAUGUUUGACUAAUGACAAAUCAGGGACGCUAUAUUAAGUAGUCCCUUUCUAUCCCACACAUAUAUCCUUGUACUGUGAAUGCUCUCAUAAAGUGCCAAAAAAUAAAUAUAUAUAUAUAUUUUAA